AUGAAAGUGUUCAUUAAAUCACCAUCAGACCAUUCUCAUGUACCUGAUCCAAAUCGAUUUCACAGUAUUCGACUUAAAAAUGAACUUAAAAUUCGUCGUGCAUCGUCGGGUGAUGCAGCUAGUACCAUAUUAUUUGAUGCAUUACGUACGAUUCCAUUGACUAGCAUUCAUGGCAAGAGAAAAAAACUCAUUUGGCCAUUUCGAUCCAUCCCAAUCCAUUUCGGACCAUUCCAAUCCAUUCCGAUCCAAUCCUAA